AAAAUAAAACAUUCAAAUACCACUGAGAAAGUUAAAUUAAAAUCUACUAAACUUAUCUCAAUUUUUGUAUAAUUUAUUGCCAAAAUUAAUAUACAUUCUAUUCAAUUCGUUGUACACAAAAUAAAUUAUAUUAGUAUAAAUGUAUUCCAAUAUAAAUUUGCCAAGGCAAUGGUCCAGAUUAUCGUAUAUUUAUCGGACGUUAACAACUUUGGAAGGACAGACGCUUCCUCAAUCUACUAAAUCGAGUGACGGCAUAUCGCCACCGCCUCGAAUCCCUAGAGGUCCCACAGAUAUUCUUCAAGCUUUGGCUGCUACCGUAGGACCAGAUCCGACAGCUGCUCAUUACAAAUAUCAUGAUGAUCCAUAUCUGAUACCAUUAUCAAAUUUUCGUAAACGGUCAUAUGCUCUCUCUGCUGAAGCCGGUCGCAAAGCAGCAGCAUGGAUCAGAGAUGAACAUGCCGAAUUAUUCAAUACCCGUGAAUGGGACCCUCCAGGCAAGAUGAAAACACCAUAUUUUAAUGCUGAUCCUCAUAUUGAUGCAUUUGCACCAAAGCCACUAUAUAAUGAUGAAAGCAAGGUGACAGAAGAAGAUUUAAAAUACACAAUAAAUAAUGCCUUAUUAGAAGACUCACUGAAAAUAUUCCAACUCCUUGGUGGAACUAGUGGAGUUAAUGAAGAGCUGAGAAUUGCGUUUUUGCAACUUUUAUGUUUUUAUAAUGAGAAGGAACCAGACUCAAUGGAAUGGCUUGAGGAGAGGUGGUUUUCUGCAAACAUAAGAGAACGACAGGCAGCUACAUGGAAGUUGGGUGGCCUAGCUGAUAAAAUAUUUGAAUCUCUCGAACCAAAGACAUCUGAAGCAUACUGUUGUAUUAUUCAGGGUAUGGCGAAAUACUAUCAAGCUGAAAGAGCAUAUGUGUUGACUCAGGAAGCGAAAGAUAAUGGUAUCAAACUUUCAACCAGUGUGUAUAAUUCACUUCUUGGUUGUAUAGGAUUUUUAAAAGAGGGUACUGCUCUUCGGACUGAAACACUUAAAAGUUUGUUAGUGGAAAUGGAAGAACAGGGCAUAUCUCCUAAUAAUGAAACGCUAACCUCAUGCCUUCGAUCUAUAUCGGCGUGGGGCGGCGGUAAAAUGUUGCAACAGUUAGCGCUGCAAAUCGUCGCCGAAUUCAAAAAAUUAGGAAUCGAACCUGGACUGUCUGCUUACUACUAUCUCCUGUGUCUAUUCUGCAAAGAACGCGGCCCACGUGUCGACAUUUUAAGUGGAAUAUUAAAUGAUUUAGAAAAAAGAGAGAGCUUGGAGCCCAAAGAGCCUACGGACACAAACUUCUUUAUUACAGCUAUGGGAGUUUGCAGUGAUCACUUACAGGAUAUAAAUUUGGCAGAAAGAUUGCACGCUCUUUUAAUGAAGGACGAUAAUUACAAAUUAGUUGGUGAUGCGUACAAAGAAAGCAUUUACUAUAGACAUUUCGUUACAGUAGCCUGCAGACACGCGCCCUUCGAGAGGACUACCCAGCUGUUGGAUAUGUUAGUUCCCAAUGUGUAUGUCCCAGAGCCUACAGUGAUGGAAGAGAUAAUUAAGACCCUGGAGGUGGGUGGCGCGGGCGACCGGCUGGCACAGGUGUGGUCGCAACUCGUCGUGUUCGGGAUCGCAAAGCGCGCCAAACUCGUUGAGAGAUUGCUUAGUGCCAUGUGCAGUUGCUACCAGUACCAAGAGAACGAAGUCAAAGAAAAAAUGAGAGCGGCAGCUGCUGAUGUACUGCGAUACAGCCAGCUAGCUGAAGACAAAGAAGAAACUAAGGACCUCAGAUCACCCACGCAGAAAUUAUCAGCCACGACGCUAUCAAACAUUAUCGAAUUAUGCUCGGACACACAAGACAAGUCAGACCCCAACUGGGACACCGUAUCGGAAGCAUUGCAGAAACUAAGACGGUCUGAAGCCGUUGGUGUACCGAACAAACCACAGGUGCUGGCUGACGUGGCACAGAAAGCAGCCACUGUUGGAAAAGCGGGAAUUGCUGCCGUGGCUGUGACCUACCUCGCGGAGUGUGGAUUCGAGGAAGCAAUAUCGGCCAGCACACAAGUGCUCGGCGUAAUGCUGAACCGGCCCCAGGAGGAAGUCAAGCAGUUGCUGCAAGAGAGACAGGGCCUCGACUCCCUGCAUCCUUCUGCUUUAGCGAUCGCUGACGCGUACCACUUAGCUAAAACCGGUGCCCCAGCCCAAGACCUCGAUACGUCGACGAGCUCGGAGAGUGACAGUGAAUCAUCUUCGGAGGACGAGUAAACAAACUAUUUAUAUAUUAUAUAUGUAAUAUAACUAACUGUAAAUGUUAUCAGAAAUAAUAAAAUAAGAUUAGAUAUAUCGUA